CCGGGGGUCAGUCACGUGACGGCGGUGUCACGUGAGCAGCGCCCAAGAUGGCGGACGAGGAGCCGCUGCUGCCGGCGGCCGAGGACUCCGCCCCUCCCCCACCGCCCCCGACCCCCUCCUGGCGAAUCGGAGCCGCUUUUUGCCACACCCACCCUCGGGCACGCCCACCCCGCCGGGCCACGCCCUUUAAGCCCCGCCCCCGCAGGAUCCUGGGCCUGUGCAAUAACCUCCCGUACGUGGUGAUGCUGAGCGCCGCCCGCGACCUGCUGGAGCCACGCCCCGGGGAGGAGCGGCGGAAUCGGAGCCGGCACGACUGCGACCCCGUGGGGACCGGGGCCGUGCUCUUGGCCGACGUCGUCCCCGCCCUGGGGGUGAAGCUGCUGCUGCCCCUGGUGGGGCCUCACCUGCCCGACAGGUGCCGUGUGGUGGGCGUGGCCCUGAGCCUGUGGGGCAGCAUCAGCGCCGUGGCCGCGGCCAGAGGGACCCUGAGCAGCCUGGGGGGGAUCGCUCUGGGCAGUGCGGGGGUGGGGCUGGGCGAGGUCACUUUCCUGACCCUGGCAUCCUCCUACUCCAGCUCCGGGCUCUCCUAUUGGUCGUCGGGGACGGGCGCGGCCGGGCUGGGCGGGGCUCUGGGGUUUUGGGGGCUGCGGGCGCUGCUGCCCCUCCCCCAGGCGCUGCUGCCCGCCCUGGCCCUGCCCCCGGCCAUGCUGCUCAGGCCGGAGCCGCCCCUCCCCCCACCCGAUGAGGGGGGCGGGCCCAGGGUGGGGUCCUGGGGCGUGGCCAAGGUGCUGCUGGCUGCGUUCCUAUUGGCUGCCGUAGCUGUCAAUCACCUCCUGCCCUCGCUGGGUGUGGCCGCAGCGCUGGCGGUGGGGGAGGGGCUGGUGGGGGGAGGGGCCUACGGGAACGCCUUCCUUAACCUGAGUGACCAGGUGUCCCCUCCCCAGCAGCCGCUGGCCGUGGCCGUGGUCACUCUGAUGGCCGAAGUUGCCAUCGCUGUGGCCGGAGGGGUCGCCCUGGGGGCUCACGCCGCCUUCUGCGGCCAGGAGUGA